UACUAUUUACCUUCUGCUGAAACUAACCAGAAUUGAACAUUCAAAAUCUCCAUUACUUUCGCUUGAUCCUUAGGCUUGAAAAUAUGCAAUGUCCCAAGGAAUCGCCACCCGAUCAGAACCUCCCGGCCGUUGUAGAGCUUAAUGUCGGCGGACAGCUGUACACUACGUCGCUACCGACGCUUCUUAAAGAUCCAGAUUCGCUGCUAAGCGCGAUGUUCAGCGGCAAACAGAAAAUCCCUCGAGACUCUCGCGGUCGGUUCUUCAUCGACCGCGACGGCAUGCUAUUCCGAUACAUACUGGACUAUCUUCGUAACUCCAAGCUGUCGCUGCCGGAGAAUUUCAACGAGAGAGAAAGACUGCUUGGAGAAGCUGAGUUUUUUAGAUUGAAGGGAAUUAUUAAAGCUCUACAACGCGAGCAGGACCGUGUCAAAACGGGUCGCGGCGACAUAAAUAGCAAACCGUCCGGGUUUCUGUCCAUCGGGGUUCGUGGGACGUACGCGUUUGGGCGUGAUGGGGUAGCCGAUGUGAAAUUUCGCAAGUUGCAGCGAAUCUUAGUCUGCGGUAACGUGGCGCUGGCGAGAGAAGUAUUUGGCGAGUGGCUCAAUGAGACGCGAGAUCCAGACCGGGACGACGCAGUGCAAAGGUACACAAACCGAUUUUACCUCAAGCACAACUAUCUGGAAAAGGCCUUCGACCAGUUAUACGAGAGAGGCUUCAAGCUUGUCACAAGCGCGGCCGGUGGGGCAGGUUACGACCCAGAAAGCGAGGAGACCAAAUGGAAUCACUUCAACGAUUAUGUGUUCUUUAGACAGUAAUUAUUCUAUUCUAGUGCCUGUUGUUUGUACUUUUCAUAACUAAAAUCGAUCAUAUGAAAGGCACCGGCUUGGUGGAAUUUCUUUGUUACGCCGAUGGCUAACUGACGAUCGACGAAAGAAAAAAAAGGGAAAGAAUGGUGGUUAUGAACUUAUGUUAAAACAAAAAUUAGCAAGGAGGUGUCUUUAAUGUUUACAAAGACUUUAAUAAUAUGCGUUUUAGUUUUUUUUAUGAAGAGUAAAAUUACAUUUCACUAUCCUUUUUUUUGGACUUGGAUCACAGUGGUUUUCUUGUACGUCACGAAUUUGAUUUAUUUGCAAUAUUGGUCGCCUAUAAACUUCACAGGAAAUGUUUUCAUUUUAUUCAUUAUCAGUUUUGUGUUAAGGUUUAGCCGUAUGGAUUGACUACGAAAUUCUUGACGUCGCGUAAAUUACUUUUCCAACUGUCCAGGACAAACAAAUGCACAAUGAAUAAGAUUCUACUCAAGAACUAUGGGAUUUUUCAUUAUUACAUUGUUUUGUGAUGUUCGACUUCGCAAACUAGACAUACGUCUUCAUUAUUUCGUCGCGUCUAUGACAAGAGAGUUAUGAAACCUUUAAAACAGUUAAAAUACAGAACAGGAAUCAUAGAUUGAACACUAUAACCGGUAACAAAAAAAAAGGACAAGAAGUGAGAAAAUUAAAUUUCAAUUAUAAAUAACAAAGCCAUACAAAUAAAAUUUAAGGUCUCAAAAAGCAUUGCCAUUGAUAUUAGGGAAAAAUCACGAUGAAAUAAUUUAGGAAUUACAAAAUCUACAAAUGGUUCUGCAAUAUGCAAAUCAGUGUAAAUAAGCCAUCGUUUAUAAAAAGUGUCGGUCUUUAACUACAUGUCCUUUCGAAACUAAAAGGUUUUGUCUACAAUCUUUCAACUCACGUAAUAGUUUCUAAGCAUGUUAAAUAUGAUGCAAAUGAUUGACUUAUUAUUUUGUUCAAGGAAAAAAAUGACGUAAUUUACUUUACUUGAAAUGGACUUCUUACGUUUAGCAUGGAAACUGAAGGAAAAAUAACAAUACUUUCAUUAGUUGCGACUUGCUAAAUAGAGCGACAUCAAAAAAUGUGUUCGCAAAGGAAAAGAUAUUUAACGGACUUCAAUGGAUGCUGUAUAUUUCGCAGCACAUUCUCUUUUAGUUCGCCAAAAAUGAAUAACGCGCUUUCUAAAGAGUAGCAACCCUUUACAAAAAAAAUUUCUAUAAUGUAUUCAGUCUGCCAAAAUUGAUUUAGUUUACAAUUAAAGUGGACAUAAGCAAGUUCUGCAUCUAACUGAUUUG